GGGCACAAAGAUGAGAGCUUGCUACAAAGGUGAGAGAGGCAGACACAACUUCGUACUGGAGAACACCAAGGGGGAGGAUCUUAUUUCAUUCCCGUCUGCGGGCUGAGUGUACAUCAGACCUUGAGGUGCUCGGAUUCAGACGAGAGGAAAGGGGUGGGUGAUGGUCCUGCCUUCUUGUACUUGUACAGACAGGAGUGUUUCCAGUACUUCUUGUGAGAGCUCACCGAGGAAUGGGAAAUUCUUUUAAAGCUCAGGAAACAUAAGCACCAGCACCAUGGCUGAGGCUAUUGGAUGCACUCUGAACUGUAGUUGUCAAGGUUUCAAACCAGGAAAAAUACAUCACCGGCAGUGUGAACAGUGCAGACAUGGAUGGGUGGCACAUGCACUAAGCAAAUUGAGGAUCCCAAACGUGUACCCAACUAGCCAAGUGGAGAUAGUCCAGUCCAAUGUGGUUUUUGAUAUCAGCAGUCUCAUGCUCUACGGGACCCAAGCUAUUCCCAUUCGCCUUAAAAUUCUUUUAGAUCGGCUUUUCAGUGUACUGAAACAAGAGGAGGUAAUCCAGAUUCUUCAUGCCUUGGACUGGACUCUUCAGGAUUAUAUUCGUGGAUAUGUGCUCCAGGAUGCAUCAGGAAAGGUUUUGGAUCACUGGAGUAUCAUGACCAGUGAAGAAGAAUUAGCCACUCUGCAACAGUUUCUUCGCUUUGGAGAGACCAAGUCCAUUGUAGAGCUCAUGGCAAUUCAGGAGAAAGAAGGACAGUCCAUUAUCAUACCAUCUACAACAACUAAUUUGGAUAUUAGGGCCUUUAUAGAAAGUUGCAACCAGAGAAGUCCUAGCCUUUCUGUUCCAGUGGACAAGGUGAACCCUGGCAACCUUCAUCAUUUUGAAAACCUCAUCAAUAACAUGGCUUUUAUGCUGCCUUUUCAGUUCUUCAGCCCAGUGCCUCCCCCACUGAUAGGUUCACCACCAGAGAGACAUGUGAUUGAGCAAGGUCAAGACAGAAGUAAUGACGCUAAACACAAUGUCCAGAUACCCUUUUCUGAAAAUGGCUUCUUAACUCCUACUUCUGCUUCAUUUCAAGUCGAAAGUGAACAGUGUAUAAAUUGUCCAGAUGUUCUACCCAAAAGUGAAGAUGAUGCCCAUUUCAGUGAUUCUGGUUCACACCACACAGUAGCCAAGCUGGAAAUGACCCGGUUGUCCCCAGAGCCCAAAGGGAAAACUACUGAAAGAAAUGGUAUCGGGCCAAAGAAAGGCAGGGUUUUCUGCACUGCAUGUGAAAAGACUUUCUAUGACAAAGGGACCUUGAAAAUCCACUAUAAUGCUGUCCACCUGAAGAUCAAGCACAAAUGCACAAUUGAAGGAUGCAAUAUGGUAUUCAGCUCCCUAAGGAGCCGGAACCGACACAGUGCAAAUCCAAACCCACGGCUUCAUAUGCCGAUGAACAGGAACAACCGAGAUAAAGAUCUGAGGAACAGUUUGAACAUGACCAUCCCUGAAGAGAGCAAAAGAACAGGCUUUCCUGUGACAUCACCAGACAGCAGACCCAUCCCCAGUUAUAUCGGGCCAUGCACUGACUCCAAGGUACAGUCUGCCUUUCCCAGUAUUGGGCAAAAUGGUGUGCUUUUUCCCAACUUAAAGACAGUUCAGCCAGUUCUUCCUUUCUACCGCAAUCCAGUCACACCAGCUGAGCUUGCUAACACCCCGGGAACGCUCCCCUCUCUGCCUCUGGUGUCCUCCUCCAUACCUGAACAGCUGGCUUCCAAUGAAUUGCCAUUUGAUGCUCUUCCUAAGAAAAAAUCUCGGAAAUCAAGCAUGCCUAUCAAAAUAGAGAAGGAAGCAGUGGAAAUUGCCAAUGAAAACAGUGAUGCCCUCAGUUCAGAUGAAGAGAUGCCGUUGCAGGUUGUCAGUGAUGGAGAGCUAGAGACGUGUGAGCUCAGGGUGGAAAAAGAGGUCACUGACCGAGUGGAGCAGCACCCACACUCAGCCAACUUAUGGAAAUCUCUUUCUGAGGGAGGGAGGCCUCCCAAAGCAGAAUCGGUGAUUGAGACCAAACACUUAAAAAAAGUAUCCGAGCAGGAUUUGAACAACUCGGAGGAAGAGACUGAACAAAACCCAGUGUUAGCCAUCGUGCCCAGGGAAGCUGCGUUUAGCGAUCCCAAACAACACACCAGUGUCUUAAAACCAGUGAUGGAGCCUCUGCCAAUGUAUGCAAAAGAACAGUCCAAACACCAGCUUCCCAGUUCCGACUGUGUGCAGUUGCAGCACCACUUACUGACUGGGGGAUUUGUAAAUGCAUUGUCCAACAGGGGAAUGGCUCUUCCUUGUUUGGAGGAUGCUAGAGAGAGAGAUCAGGUCACUCAGCACGCGCUAGGAAGACAAAAGGAAGAAACUCGUUUUCAUUGUGAUAUCUGUAAGAAGACCUUUAAAAACACUUACAGUGUGAAAAUUCAUUUCAAAAACGUGCAUGCCAAAGAAAUGCAUAUCUGUACAAUUGAGGGCUGCAGUGCAACCUUCCCUUCCCGCAGAAGCCGAGACAGACACAGUUCAAACCUAAGUCUUCAUCAGAAAGUUAUCACCAAAGAUACCCUGGAAAGCAAUGAAAACCCUUUGGGUGCAACUUACCUUUUGAAAGAUAUGGCUAAGGAGGUUUAUCAGGAUGCAGCUUUCAAACAGCACACCCCCCAGACUUCUGUCAUCUUCAAAGGAACCAACCGGACAGGGAGUGUCGUAUACCCAAUCACCAAAAUUCGAGAAUCCUGUUUAGAGAGCUACGGCUGCGGUCCUACCAGCGAGGCCACUGUCCUCGAUUUAAGCACUACCUCCAGCAUGAAGUCCGAGAGCAGCACCCCUUCUUCCUGGGACUCCGAUGGAGGAAGUGAAGAGGGUAAUGUAGCUCUGGAAGACAGUGAUGAAAGCUGUGAAGGACCGAGCCUGAUCCCCAGCGAAGAUGGCUACCCCAUUUGUGCCCUCAUGGAAAAGGUCAAUCACAGCUUUUCAAGCCUUCCCUCUGGUUUGCCAAUAACUUGUCACCUCUGCCAAAAGAUUUACAGUAAUAAAGGAACCUUCAGGGCCCACUACAAAACUGUGCACCUCCGCCAACUUCACAAGUGUAAAGUACCAGGUUGCAACACCAUGUUUUCAUCAGUCCGCAGCCGAAAUAGGCAUAGCCAGAAUCCCAACUUGCACAAAAGUCUAACCGCAUCUCCAAAUAAUCUCCAGUAACGAGAUGGGAGACUGAGUUUUCUUUUGAUAAGCUUUAAUUAUUUCAGAUAAUAAAAUAGUAAAAUGAAAUGUCUCUAAUUUUCUUUUCCUCCAUUUUGGCCAAGCCCACAGGGUUCCUGGCUUUAAACCACUAUUUCAUUUGACUUUAUAAGUUCCUAGAGGCUGGGUAGUGUUUAAAACAAACAAACAAAAAAAAAAGACACAGAAAAUAAUAAUAUGCAAUCUGGAAGGAUGGUGUUGUGGUGGUACAAUCUAGUAUUACUUCUCUUAAACCUAAAGUAUUAUUCAUUGAGAAUAUAGGAGACUGCAGAUAAUCUCACUGGUCCCAGUUUUGUUUACAUAUUACCUUGGGGAAGCACUGGACCAGUAGACAGAUUGGGAUCCUGAACUUAAGAGUGGGAGUGAAGAGGGUGAGAUUCAUAGACUAAGUUAGACUUGCAGUAUUAAGGACCAUAUUUAUGUGUCCUGGGGAAUAAUGGAAUCAUAGAGCAUGAGGACCUGUCCUUAAAGAUCCUACUUUGAAUUUAACAACUCCUUAAUAAUUCCAAAAGCCAGAAGGUGGGUUUAGGAAAAUGACUUGGAGACUAUUAGAUGAGACUAUCACGUUAUUUGGAGUGGAUUAGUCUUUUUCUGUUCUCAAGUGGUCUCCCAUUUUGCUUUAGAAAACGUUCUCAGAGAUUAAAGUGUUGACAUAUAAAAUUCCCUUUUUGGGUUCCUGAUUUGUAGCAAAACACGUCCUAGAAGUGGAUGGAAAAAAAAUUCCUAUUUUAAAGUGCACUUUCUGUAAACUACUUUUAGGAAGCAAUCAUAAUUUUUUCCUGCCUGCUUUUUCUCCCCCCCCCCAAAAAAAGCACUCCCAAAUUGGUAGUUAUUUAAGUUUUAAAUUCUACACAUGGAGGAUAUAGACAGCCAAAAGAUGUGCUCAUGGAGCAGUGGUAGAUGUUUACAGUUUGGUUAUCCAGGUAGGAAAUGGAUUAAUUUUGCUUAAUAAUAGUUAAGAAAAACAUUGCAUUUAUUAUUUUUGGUUGUGAAACUGAGGUAAUUCACCUUAUUCUUUCUGGUCACUGUAAUCGACAGUAUUCUGCAUUGUGUUCUGUGCACUUACUGGUGUUGCAUUUUAUUUAAAAGCGUUUUGAUAAUAUUUAAUUUGUGGUUAUGUUCUAUGAGUAUUGUAUGUGUAUAUAUGUUGUGCAACAGUGUACUUGACUGAGUCCUUCCUGGAGAGCAGGAAAAAUGCUAAAACUAGACUUUGCAAAACCACUGCUUAUUUUCACUUUGUAAACUUUUGAAUUUGAAUUUGUUUUGGUCACCUGUGGUAUAUAAGCAUGAUUCUUAUAGCACAGUUUGUAUAUAUUUAAGUGUUUUGGAGUAUGUGGUUUUGAAGAUUUGUUUGGAUUUUCACCAUAACUAUAUCUCUUAAUCUUGAUACAUUUUUUGGAUGUAUUAAGAUUAGGUUGAACUUUUUGAAUUUAGUUGGUAGAAAGAAUAGUGCAAAGUUAUUGCCAUUCUGUGUGUUUAAAUGCUUAACUUAUUCUAAGAUAUAUUCAAUACCAUACACUAUCCAUUUCAUAUUCUUAGAAGGGAAGCUAAAUCAGACCAAUGAAAUAAGACCUUGUGAAAUUUGGGAUUGGCCAUACUGUACAGGUCUGGAGAGAAAUGAAUUUCAUAUUCAGAGUGUAACUGAACCAAUAUUUUAUGUUUACAGAAGGCUAAAGUAAUAUUAAACAUCCAUUAAGAGAAUAUUUGGUCCAAAGAAGAGUCUUAUUACUGUGGCCUUUUGUUGAAAAAGCCAAUAACUUGUUACCAACUAUUUCAACUUUUUUUUUUAAUAAGUGUGAUUGCUUAAACUUUAAGGCUCUGUUUACAAGUCAAAUGUGAUGUAUCUUUCAAAUAUUUGUUAUACACAACCAUUUUGUUUUUUCACUGUUUUCAGAAAAGGAGCAAAAUUUGUAUACCCUUUGUAUUUUUUAUGAG